ACGGGUAACCCUAGCCUAGCCUAGCCUAGCGGGCGUACAUAAAUAGGGACUUGGGAGCCUGGAGAUCAAAGCCACCAUAGGAAGAAGAAGAGAAUCGAGGAAAUUAGCCAAGAAGAGAGGAAAGAGAUCUCAAUCUACUAGGAACUGAAUUAACCAAUAAUCGUCAGAUAGAUCUCGGAACCCAUGGCGCUUCGGUUUGCGGCGAGCAAGAUCUCAUCAGGCGGCCGCGCCCUUGAGCGACUGCCAAUUAGGAUUAUUGGCGAUAAUGGCGGGGGGAGCUCAGUAAUCCGCCGGUUCAGCUCCUCCCAAUCGCCAUCAAACCCUGUUGCUAGCAAUGUAUGCACGCAAUGUGGAGCUCCCAAAUCCAUGCCCAACAAUGCAGCAGAACCAACAAUCGCAAGCAGCCCUCAUCUCGGGCAAUCCCCUUCUGUACCAUGGUGGUCAGGUCAUAACCCGAGGUUCGUGCUGGGCGUGCUGCAGACGAUCGGGCUGGCUGUCGGAGGCGGCGCCACAAUCUACCUGGAGGCCAAGUAUACCUACAAAGGGCCUAUAUUUGGGAAUCAGCAGCCUCAAGAAGAACCGAAGAAGACGAAUGAUUAUAAUUAAUUAACGCCCAGAUAUAUAGACUCCUGUAUAUAAAGGGUGUCUUUAAUUUGUUAUAUGGAUGUGUUGUUGUUGGACAUGAACAACGGAUCGAUGACAAUUGCUGUUUAUCAGAUGUGACUUGUGAGGGGUCUCUCUAUUAAUUACGUACGUACCCAUUUCCUUGUAUUUUCGUACUAGUGCUAGGGGUCUCUGUAUUACAUCGUGUUCAUGUAUACUAUUUGAUCCCCUGACACAUGUAUUCUCAUGAGGGAUUGCUUGAAUGGGAUGGCAAUAGGAUUGAA